CAAAUAUGAACUGUAAAACUUGUUUGAAUGAACCCAGAAAGUUUUGCUUUGCUGAGAUUGCUGCCUCUUUGCACAAGGACCGAAAGUUCUAGGGUGUCAGGCUCAAAGUGCUGGCUGGAGUGAAGAAUCCAGGUGGGACUGGGAUUGGGUCCCGCUGCUCUCACGGUUUGCCUUUUGUCCUAAAGCCAACUUUCUGUGCUAUAUCAUUUUUUUUCUUUUUUUGUGAAGGGCAGUUUGAUAUAACUAUAAACCUUUAAAAGAUGAAAAACUGGACAAAAUGGUACAUAAGGAAAACCAACGGUUCACCCCAAAAAUGAUUUUCUUUACUUCUGGAUUUACCAAUCACCCUGCACACUCUCACCAACCCACCAAGCCUCUCUUUCCUUUUGACAUGUGAAGAGAAAAACACUGCAUUUUUAUUAAAUGUUACGAACUGUUUUAAACCAAUACUGAUUUCAUUUAUUCAGUUAAUGUUUUGUUUGCAAAUGGCGCGGGUAACUAGUUUUGGAAUAUAUCACAAUUCUUAUUACGAGGAAUGGGGAAAUAUUUUUUCCCGCCACCUAACGGCUUUCAUUUAGUAGCUGCACUACGAAAGAAGACGUUGCCGACUCGGUCAAUAGUCCAAGUUGAACCGUAGGGUGAAGGCCCCAAACCGACUUUCCGGCGGUUGGCAGCUUGAGGGGAACGCCAGCCAAUCACAACCCGCAGCGGCCACUGGUUUGUGGACCGGAAGGGACGCCGUCCCCGCGAACCGCCGCGCAGGGGCAUCUGGGGCUCUGGGCUCCGCAACGCGCCAGCCGACCAGUAGGAGGCGCCCUCGACCAACGGGUUCUCACAGCCCGCCGCCACCGCUAUCUCCUCACCUAGCCGCCGCGGACCGCGAAAUCCGCUAUGGCUGAAGCCGACCGCCCAGGGAAGCUCUUCAUUGGGGGGCUCAGCCUCGAAACCGACGAGAAAGGGCUCGAGGCCACCUUCUGCAAGUACGGCCGCAUCAUCGAGGUGCUGCUCAUGAAAGACCGAGAGACCUCCAAAUCCAGAGGCUUCGCGUUCGUCACCUUCGAGAGCCCCGCGGACGCGAAGGCCGCCGUCCGAGACUUGAACGGCAAGUCCCUGGAUGGUAAGGCCAUCAAAGUGGCCCAGGCCACCAAGCCGGCGUUCGAGAGCCGCCGGCGCGGCCCGCUGCCUCCCCGCAGCCGCAGUCGCUCGAAGGCCCUGCGUGGCGGCGUCGGGGCGCGACGACCCCCGUCCCGGGGCGGGCCCGACGACGAGGGCGAAUACGCGGGGGGUUUCGACGCGCGCUCCGUCCGCGCCCCGCUACCCCUGAAGCGUGGGCCGCCGCCGCGCAGGGCUGGGCCUCCGCCCAAGAGGACCACGCCGUCGGGCCCGACCCGGAGCAGCGCGGGAGGACGCGGGCGGGCCCCGGCCACUCGGGGAAGGGUCGGGUACACGGGCCCGCUGCGCCGGGAGCCGCCCCCGGGCCGCGACCCCUACCUAGGCCCGCGGGAGGGGGGCUACUCGUCCCGAGAAGGCUACUUGGGCCGAGACUACGCGGGUGCCCGCGUGCCUCGGGAUUUCGCCGCCUCGCCCCGAGAGUACAUCUACCGCGACUACGGCCACGCCAGUGCCCGGGACGACUGCCCAUCGAGAGGCUACUGGGACCGAGACUACGGCGACCACCUGAGCGUGGGCUUCUACCGAGACGCCUUGGAGAGCUACGGCGACCCGCGCAGCGCCGCCCCCGGGCGCGACCCGCAGCCAUCCUACGGCGGAGGCCGCUACGACGAGUACCGUGGGUGGUCGCCUGACGCCUACCACGAGGGCUGCGGCAGCGGCCGACGUGGCGACCGCUAUUCGAGGGGCCGGGACCGCGGGCCCUCCCCUGCCAUGGAAAGGGAGUACCCGCCCGCGCGGGAAUCCUACAGUCGGUCUGCCCGCAGGGCGCCCCCCAGCGGAGGCCGCCUUGGAAGCCGCUCCGAGAGGGGAGGAGUCCGGAGCAGAUACUGAGCAGUAACAGACUUGGAACCAAAAUCUGUUGUCCGGAGAAGAACCUGUUCUGUGGUAGCUGCCAAGGACAACUACAAAGAAGAGUUGUUUUGACUUUUACAAAAUUCCUGUUAACUUCCUCUCCCUUUUUUAUGCUUUGGAGAGGAAAAUAGUUAAAACUCGUUUCUUUCUGGAAUUGUUAAAAGUUUCUUUCAACAAGCUCAUGUUAAAAGUAUGACUUGAACCUGCGUGCUGUCUUUUUAUAUUUCAAAGUAGAAAUUCUCCUAAAGAUUUUCUGAUAAAUGAGGCAAACAGUUCUUUUUUUUUUUUUUUUUUUUAAACAAACGUCUGCCUAUCCAAAAUGGAAAAUGGAUCAUUUUGCCCAUUCAAAUCAACUAGGAUUUGGGAGAAGUGUGAGAGGAAUUGGUGUAUGUUACCCAAUUUCAAAUUAUCUUUUAAAUGAAUCUCAGUGUUCGCAGUAUUAAAAACCAACCACCGCCAACAAAACCAAUUAGAUGCUUAUGUAAAAAAAGUUCCAUGCACUCAGUAAGUUUUAAAAAGUGGAUGGAUAGUGCUGUCCAUAAUUUGCCUUUGUGCCAUUUCUUUGGGGAUUGGCAGUUUCCCCCUCUCAAAAAAAAAAAAACACUCAUGUAUUUUAAACAGUGGAAUACUACAUUAAAAAUUUGGCCAACCAACCACAAAGCUGGAAACAAAACAAUUAAACAUCAACCAAUAGCAUUCUUUUUUUCUUACCAAUAACAAAUUAUUGAACAAGUAAAAAUUAUUAAAACAAGUAAAAAAUGUACCUGUGGUGGAUGUGGGAUGAUGAUGACUUUCUAAUUCCAAGAUACUGGUUCUUGAGAGACUGGGCUCUCCCAGGGGUGCGGGAAUCAACUGUGAGCAGCUUCUCAGAAGCAAAGGUUAGAGAAUCCCUGAAAAGCUGGCAUUUCAGCCAUCCUAGGAUCUCAAGGUGUAGGGUCUUUCUGUCCAC